CAAGGGAUGAAACAGUUUGUGGCUGAGAUCGUUAGUAUUGGUAGGAUGAGUCAUCGGAACUUAGUCCCUCUCUUGGGUUACUGUCGCCGUAAAGGUGAGCUUCUUCUCGUGUAUGACUUCAUGCCUAAUGGUAGCUUAGAUAGAUACUUGUACAACAAGCCAGAGGUGACGCUUAACUGGAAACAGAGGAUUAAUGUCAUCCUAGGUGUUGCUUCUGGUUUGUUCUACCUUCAUGAGGAAUGGGAACAAGUGGUGAUUCAUCGAGAUGUUAAAGCGAGCAACGUCUUGUUAGAUGGAGAGUUUAACGGGAGACUAGGAGAUUUCGGUUUAGCUAGGUUGUACGAUCACGGUACGGAUCCUCAGACCACGCAUGUUGUCGGAACAUUGGGAUACUUAGCUCCUGAACACACUCGGACAGGACGUGCCACGACGGCGACCGAUGUUUUUGCGUUUGGGGCGUUUUUACUAGAAGUUGGAUGUGGUAGACGUCCUAUUGAGAUCCAGCAUGAGACCGACGAGACGUUCUUGCUUGUGGAUUGGGUGUUCGGGUUAUGGAACAAGGGUAACAUUUUGGAUGCUGUAGAUCCUAAUAUGGGUUCUGUGUAUGAUCAAAAAGAGGUUGAAAUGGUGUUGAAGCUAGGUCUCUUGUGCUCUCACCCUGACCCAAGGGCUAGACCGAGUAUGAGACAAGUGUUGCAAUAUCUAAGAGGAGAUGCGAAGUUACCUGAUUUGUCUCCUUUGGAUUUGUCAGGGAGUGGGAUGAUGUUGGGGGUUCAAGAUGGGUUUAGUGAAUUAGGAAUGUCGUAUUCUUCUUCAGUCUUUAGAGGGUUUACUGGUGGGUCUUCUAUAGCUGAUUCUCUACUCUCUGGUGGGAGGUGAGUGAUUUGAAUAUUAGAAUGGUUUUUGUGUGUUUGUAUUUCAUAUUUAGAGAGACUAGAGACUGUCUGGAAGUAAUGUGAUCAUGUAAAUUAUAUUUGAGUGUUUGAUGAUAUAACAUAACUUUUUUUUUAAAGAAGAUUAUUGACCAAGGUUUUCAAGAUGAUAUAUACAUGC